AUGGGCGACGUGCCAGAAAGGCGCGAGAGGAUUUUCGCAUUCGCCAAAUUCAACCUCGAUGCACUUCUUUCUCUUGCUACACAACUUCGAGGCGGCCGGCCAUGCACCGCAGACGUGUCAAAGAGACCGAAAGCCGGAAGUUUGAAUUGGGUCAUCUUCAUCACCUUUGACGAUGGGAUUGAAUGGGUCUUUCGCUCCCCGCGCCGUAGCAUGAGCAUCAAAACCGAAUCUCAUUACAAGAUGACCAUCAAAGUCUACUCCUUCAGUGGCUCUCACGACAGCGAGAUUGGGGUGCCUUAUAUUCUCAUGAGCAAGGCCUCCGGCCGCGCCCUUUCCGAGUACGACUGGUCCGAGGCAUUUCGAAUACCGGGCUAUACGCUGCGGAUCCCACUCCUGCCCCUGGCAGACCCGGACCGAGAGAAGAUAAUGGGCCAACUCGGAAGCAUCAUGUCGUUACUGUCGGAGAUUCAUUUUGACAAGAUUGGGUCAUUAUUCGAAGCCGAAGACGGUAGCAGCGACUGCUCUGUUGGCGAGUGCCUGAACCCAUCGCUCCUCUGGGAAAAGAGGGAUACGCUUGAAGGCAUCGACCGAGGUCCCUUUGACCAAGAGAGCCAGUACUUGAGCUCUCUGAUAUCAGCGUUUGUGUCUCACGCCAAAGAGCUUCGACUCAGCCCCCACAACUUUUUUGCGCCGAUCCCUGAUGCUUUCGAGUACCGUGACUGGGCCAGUUACAAAGCAGCAGUAGACAGGUGGCAAGAUUUUUACCUGCUUGGGGAGGGAGCCGAAGGCAGAAAAAAUCGCCUAUCAUACUGUCUCGCCGGCGAGUUCCUGCGCGAGAUGAUCCCUUCUCUUACCUCUCACGCCUCUCAGAGUCGGGGAUUUGUCCCUUGCCACCCCGACCUUCACAGCGGCAAUAUAUUUGUGGAUGAAAACUUCAACGUGACAUCCAUCAUCGAUUGGGGUUCCGCGUGCGCAGGCCCUCUAUCCGAGCUGCUCGCCACUCCGGGCCUCAGCGGCUCAACCUCACCACCGGGAGAAUCGCUUGUUGCUGCCUUCAGAGCAGGCUUCGGGCAGGGAGGCAAAACGAUCGAACCAGAGCUGUGGGUGAAAGGUGAGAUGAUGUGGCGUUUCUCUCGGUUGGUGCGACUGCUCUCUACCCAAGAUUACACGCUCUUUAAAAGGUUGUUCGAGCUCGCGCACGAGGACGGAUCUGACGAUAUUCCCCGGACGUUUCACGAGAGGAGCAUGCAAGAGCAUGGGAGAAAACUGCUGGCUAAGUUGCAGGAGGAUGCCGAGAGGGACGAAUCUGAGGGGGACGAAUCUGAGGAGGACGAGUCUGAGGAGGAGGAAGACGGUCUUAAGAUGGAGACUGAGAGGAGUGCCGUUGCGAGAAAGCUGAUGCUGAUGUCGGAAAUGAAUCCGAAUUUUGUGGCGGACAAGAGGUUGUGGCGAUGGCUUGGGGAUGCACUGGACAAGACAGACUCUGAAUAGCUCGCUUCUCAGUCCACGGAGGUUUGAUAGACAUAUCUAGGCGAAUAUACCCCUGCAUAAACGUGGCUGAGGAAGAUUUCUGCGAAGCAUAUGCAC